AGAAGUAGCAUUCGGUAGUUGCUCUGUCAUCUUUUGACGAUCCGCAAAUUUUUAGAAAAUUAUUUGGCGUUGCAUUCAAUUACUAAUUCUGUCAAUAACAUCAAUUAAAAAGAUGUCCGUACGUGUAAUAAAUGAUGAAGCUCAUUUUCAGUCGGAAUUGGCUGCGGCCGGCAUACGCUUAGUAGUGGUUGAUUUUACAGCUGCUUGGUGUGGGCCUUGUCAGCGUAUUGCUCCACAUUUUGAAUUGCUUCCCGGUAAAUAUCCCAAUGCGAUAUUUCUUAAAGUGGAUGUAGACAAAUGUCAAGACACUGCAGCUAGCCAAGGAGUUUCGGCCAUGCCUACAUUCGUGUUUUAUAGAAAUAGGACGAAAAUUGAUAGAAUUCAAGGAGCAGACAUUAAUGCUUUAGAGGCCAAGAUUCAGGAAUAUGCUGGUGCUAGUGGAGGCGAUGAGGCCGGUGAAGAUUACGGCCAGGGCCUAAUGGAUUUGAACAGCUUUAUAUCGAAACAAGAGUGUGAAUGUCUUAAUGAGUCAGACGAUCAUCCUUUAAGUCACUGUCUCGCUUCUGAGGGUGGCUAUUUACAAUCGGAUUGUGAUGAACAACUGAUAUUGUCUAUAACAUUUAAUCAAGUGGUCAAAAUUCACUCCUUGAAAUUUAAAGCUCCAAUGCAAUUGGCACCUAGAGAAAUUAAGCUUUUCAUAAACCAACCACGAACCAUUGAUUUCGACCAGGCCGAAAGCAUGACUAGCGUACAGGAUUUGGUUUUGGAUCCGAAGGAUCUGGAAAAGGGGACACCGGUUAAUUUGCGCUACGUUAAGUUCCAGAAUGUACAAAAUAUACAAAUAUUUGUAAAAAAUAAUCAAUCGGGUGCUGAGGUAACGCAAAUUGAUUAUGUGGGUUUCAUUGGCUCACCCUUAAUGACCACUAAAAUGAAUGACUUUAAACGCGUGGCCGGUAAAAAGGGCGAAAGUCAUUAAAGUCUGAUCAAUAAAAAUCUUUAUUUUAAAGUAAA